AUGUUGCCAUCGGCUAUUAGCUAUUUGUCGGAGAACGUGACUGUAUUCUCCUUCGACCUCAUAUGGAGUAGGAGGGACUUCAGUGCGUCGAGGGUAUUUCAGUCCCCGAUAGGACUCCAGCAGAAAUAUUUGGAAGUCAUCAUGAAUGUUCCAUUGAGAGGGAAGCUUCAGCCUGUAGAACGCAACAACAAGUUUCUCAUCAACCUCAAAGAGACAUAG